CUUUCAACUACAUUCUUCUGCAGCGGGUUCUUUGACAAGUUGUUGCAUGUACUGUUAACUGUUUUGACUGUUGAAAAUGGGAUACCUCAUCUGACAAUAGAUCAAAAUUACCGUGAUUAAGUUACAGUUGGUGCAAAGAUGGCUGACAAACCAAAGGUAAAGCGUCGGAAACAGAAACUACUCAGUUCCAAAGAUGGAGAAGAGGAGGGUCUGGUCAAUGCAGGAAUUGACUCCGACACAGAGGCAGCGUACCAGGCCUUCUCCCAGACGGAGGGGGAGUCGUCAGCUGCUGAACUCAGUGCCAGAGAGGAAGUGGAGCAGGCCCAUUCCCUGGUGAAGGAUGUGAAGACACGGCACAAACGGCGGCAGAGGGAGUUGUCCCAACUGGUGACACCUAAAGAUGACGUGAGCGGGGAGCUGAAGACGAUGAAGAUGAAGAGUCGCAAGAAGAUUGAGGAGGAGACAGCCAGGGAGGAGGAGCUCGCUGCAGCCAUUGCUGCUGCCGAGGCAGAGGAGUCUGCAAGGGAGGCUGAGGCGCCCCAGCCGCUGGAGACAGAAGAUGGGACAAUCCCCAUGCCAGCAGAAGAGGAGGUGACAGAGACAAUCAAACCAGAGGAAGAGACCACACCUACAGGGGAAGUCUCCAUGCCGGACACCACUAUGGAGACAGCACCACCAGACACAGGCGAGAUCACCAUGGCUACAGUUCCAACAGAGUCGACGGAGACAACAACAAAAGCUCCACGAGGAUCAUCUCUCCGAGCCAAGAUGAAGAAAGUUCUUGAGAAAGCUAGGGAACAAGCUGAAGAUGAGAUGAGAGAGGAGGCUAGAGAGGAGCGUGCCAGACAGCGGGACAUCAGGCACGAGAAGGCGAGGACACGGUUCGACACAGAGAUCACUGAGGAGGAAAUGGAAGAAAAACUUCAAGCUCAGAAACUGAAGUUGCGCUGGAAGAAGAAAGGGCCAAAGUCUGAUAAGGAAAUGGGAAUGCCAACUGCAGAAGAGGCGUUCGACUUCUUCACUCGGGAGUAUGAACCCGAACCGGAAGUGGAGGAGAAGAAAGAAGGAGAAACAAAACCCGAGGACAAGAAGGAGGAGGAGACGGAGCCAAAGGAAGGGACAAGCGAGGAGAAGGAGGAGGGAGAAGGAGAGGAAGGAGAUAAAAAGAAAGAUGACAAACCAGAAGAUGAGAAGCCCCUUCUAGAAGACUUUGGUGUGGAGGGAGACGAAGGAGGGUACGGUCAGACCACUGUGGGCCGAGCCGAAGUUACUGCCCCUGAUAAGCUGCGAGAGAAAGAAGAGAAAUUAUUAUACAUCCCGUCACUCAUCAGCCUGCCCACAUCUGAGAAGGUAGGGCAGGACCUGGCCCCCCGGUUCUUGGAGGAGGAGGGUCUGUAUGUUGGCACACGACCCCUCAUCCCCACCCGCAACCAAAACAAGAUGGAGAACAGGCUGCUGCACGAGCCAGACAAGGGAAGACGUUGGUUUGGUGAAGAUGGACAGAUCAUAGCAUUGCCGGACCCGCUGAGGUCUACCCCCUCACGGCCAAUCGUACCUGAGGAGGUGGAGCCAUACCUGGAAACAGUGUUUCGGAAGGCGAUCAUGCGUGAGUUUGACUGCCGCUACAUAGAUGGGGCUAUUGACGGCUCAGGGCGGUACCAGCUUGACGUCGACAUCAACUCCAUCAGCUUCACUCAUCAUCAUCUGUUCAGCAAGGAACAUGUCCUGUCUCAACGACUGACAGAGCUCAACCGGCUGUAUCUCGUCAGAAAGAAAAAAAAUAUCACAGAAUUCCUCAUCGAGAAGCUGAGAGCUCUGAAGAACUCGGCCCUCCAUUUGAAGGAUCAUAUAUUGUCACACAAGGGAGAGAUGAGUGUAGCGGACAGAGCAAACUACGAGAGGAGGCUGGUGGACUACAAGUAUGAAAUAAGGCAAACCCGUGUGAUGCGGGACCGCGAGGAGCUUACCGACCGGCAGCUUCUGAAGAACAUCAUCAACACUUGGAAGGAGGUGAAGAAACAGAGAGAGUUCCAGAAGUUUACAUCCACCACUGUUAAGCUGCAGGUCCGCAGAGAGGACAUGGACAAAGUCCGGGACCAGGAGGUGUGGAAGCUGGAGAUGGAGGAGGAGUUGGAGGAGACGCGGGAGGAACAUGAGGAGGAAUACAACCGCAAGAUGGCCAUCUUCCGGGAACAGAACCUGUUGUGGGAGAAACAGCAAGCCGACAAGAGAGAGGCGGAGAAAAAAUUGAAGAAGGGACGUAGAGCAUCAAAGGCAUCGAAGGCAUCACGACAGAGUGGCAACGCUUCAGCCACAGAGGAGCAGACUGAGGAGUCUCUCAAGGCUGCCCAGGAGAUUGUAGACGCGGAAGAGCUGCCGAAGCCUGAGAUGCCGGAGAAAUUUGAAGAGCAAGCCAUCAAAGAGGCAAUCAGGGUCAAGGCCAUGCAGAACAGGAGACGACCAGGAGAGCCCAAGCUGUUCCCUGAACUGACAAACACAGCCAGCGUCACCCCAUCAAACACCUGUCCCAGGGGCGAACAGCAGCGGCGUGAUGAGAUAUCCAGGAUUAAGGUGUUUGUCAAGGUGUUGUUCAACCACAAGGAAGUAUCGAGGACAGGCAAUAGGCCUCUCUCACAAGAUUUCCAUGUCAACUUUGGUCAGAUUUAUAAUCUGAAGAUUGUACAGUGGCCAGAGAGUGUCAAGUUUCAGAUAUUUGAAAAUCAAGGUCUGAGCAGCACAAUGUUGGCCGAGUUGUAUUCUGCCAUCCCAGAGGCCUCCGUCACUUCACAGAAUGUCCAGCUGGAGGAGAUAGAGUUUAGUUCCGACCAGAGGGUCCACUACAGUCAUGAGGGCGUCGGCAGUGCUGUGCCAUUCAGCUUCGUGGCGUCUGGGGACGACCUGAUCACUCUGAUGACGACAGGAAUAAUCAACACCUCUGUGGCAUGGGCUGUGGACGACACUGGAGUACCUCUCAUUCCACCAUCUUCCAACCUCUCCACCAACAACAUAUUCAAUGCAAUGAAGCAGAUGGACCCUGUGUCGGCUAUUGGUGCUACUGGCGUGGUCAACAUGGAGAAGCUCGCCAAGUGGUUCGAGCAGUCUCGGCUGGACCCAAAUGACCCCGCCAACGCUGACCUCGUCUACCUGCUGGGAAACCGCAGCGACCAGGGCGACCUGCAGAUGAGAGACUUCUUCCGUCUGGAGCAGCUUCAGGAGGAGUUUGACCUGACAUCGGACGAGGACAUGGAGGGCAACAAGCGGUUUCGUCUCUUGCAGUACCGAGACAGCGAGGUGCACGAGUUCCGCAACUUCAAGAUGGUGCCGGUCUAUGAGAGAGAGAUUCCCAGAGACGCUUUCACCGAGUACGAGAAAAAACAGAGGGAAGAGGACCGCAGUAAGAAGAAGGAGGACAUCGAGUCACAUCGAGCUGCCGUCAACAAGUUCAUGCAGAGGGUUCGGGAGCAGGUGAUGCAGAGGUUCCGUAUGGCGGCACACUCCAAGAGACUGGAGGACAUGGUGGUGGAGGAUGUGGUGCCGAACAUUGGCUCAUUAUUUAUAAGUUUAUCCCGUAUAACGGAGCCGAGGCGGCCAUUGAAGCCAGUGAGGAAGGAGAGGAAGAAGGCAACAGCACAGGCGGUGUCGGGCGGGGAGGUGAACAUCCUUAUCAACAUCAUCAGGGCAUCAUACAUACCAAUCAGGAAAACCAAGGGGCCUGCCACUGGUGCUGCCACAUCAAGAGACCCGGAGAGAACUUUAGUCAAGAACAUCACCGGAGAAACGUUGGUGCGGCCGUAUGUGGAGGUGAUGUUUCAGAGGGAGACGGUCAGAAGCAGCAUCGGAGAUGGCCCCAACCCCAGCUUCAAUGAGGAACUGUCCCUAGAUCUCAAGGCUCCUAACGAAGACUUCAGCACAAACAGCCUCCAGCAGAUCACAGACUGCCUCUACCUCAACCUAUUUGAUGAAAACAUCGUCGACAUCCUUGAGGAUGACCGGCAGAGGGAGAGUAACAUACACCAGAGGAUAGAGAAGAAAUGGUUGGGGUGCCUGAAGAUACCCUUCUCCACACUCUACCACAAAGGCAAAAUUGAUGGUACAUUCCGUCUGAACACACCGCCUGUGUUGCUAGGUUACACGUACGACUUGUCUCAGGGUCGAGGACCUGACUCGGAGGUAGAGGAGAGCAUCGGUCGCGGCGAGGGCAACACAUACCUCAGUCUCUUCAUCACCAUAGAGCCACCUCUUAACCCCCCGGAACUCAUGAAGGAAAAGUUUUCAACCAAUGAGGAUGAGAAGCUGAUGGUGCAUGGGGAGACGUGGCAGGAAGAGCUGAACAAGAAGUUCCCUCGGCGGGAGUUCAAGACCACCGUGGUCGACGUCAACGGGAAGUCGGUGUUCAUCACACGAUACUUCAAGUCUCUCAAGCCACCAGAUGAUAUCAUGGGCAGGGAACUCGGCCCGGAGAAGACAGCGGAGCUGACGGCCAGGUUCGUGUCUCUCAUCCCCUCCGUGUCUGACUCAGUCGUCUUCCCAGGGUUGUGUGACAUCUGGAGCACCUCAGACCAAUUCCUGCAGAUGUUGGCAGGAGAUGAAGAGGAACAUGCUGUGUUGUUGGUCAACUUUUUCCUGGGGCUUGGAAAGAAGGCAUAUCUUCUGAUUGGCACAGCCAUCCCUGAAGGGCCGACGGCCUACGUGCUGACAGAGGAAGAAAGUGACUUCUGGAUAUGGAACGCUGGGACAGGAGAACACUUCGUCUACCGCGACAACUACUGUCCUCUGCAGUCAGUCAGCUGUGUCAUUAAUGGAGAAAACAUCUGGGCCAACAUCCACCAGUACGAGAAGCCAGCACAGCUCACCUUUAACCUCAGUGACACUGCAACGUGGCGUCCUUUCUUCGGGCGCGGAUUCCCCAGCCCUGGUCUCAGUAGUAUACAGCCAGAGGCGCUGGUGUAUAUGGGAACCAACAAGAACUAUGUGAUGGACCUCCAGGAGAAGAUUGAACAGAUGUUGAAGAACAAGAUGAUGGAGUGGAGAAGUCGCUACAUCACUCGGUGGAACCGCCACUGUACACAGAUCAUGAGGAAACUCCUGCCAGUUCUGGAGGAGAACUGUGGCAAGUCUAUCGGCCAGCAACACCUGGCAGAGCUGGAGAACUCUUUCAGCUCAUAUAAGGUGUCUGGCUUCCCCAUGAACAUGCCUUUUGUGGAUCUGGAGACCAUUGUUGAAUCUGUGUUCUCCACUGGCGUCCAUGCCCAGGAAACCAGCGAGGUAGAGUUCGCACUGGCAGUCUACGUCCACCCCUACUCCAACUCCGUCCUGUCCAUAUGGGUGUACGUCGCAUCGCUCAUACGCGACCGAUAGUGCCAUAUGUUUCUCACCCAUGUAUAUAGGAAAGACAUUCCACGAACUGUGCCUAGAUGGGAAUACUGUUGUCAGGGGAGUACGAGGUACGACACUGUUCCCGCUGGCAAGUCACCCAGGACUACUUGUGAAAACAGCUGGCUUUUAAUUAGCAUAUAUACACAUAUGAGAGAGAUCUGUGAAGAGAUAUAGGUACGCAUGUUGAAAAGGUUACAUUGAGUUGAUACACAGUGUUGUUCUAAUAUUACUGAAAAUUAAUCGCGUAAGGCUAAAAAAAAUAAGUCUUGGUUCUCAGGCACCGUCCACAUCAUCAUAAAGUCCACCACAUGUUUCCUUUUUAUUUCAAUUUAAAAGAAACACACGAACCCAGCAGUGAAAUGCUGCAAUACUUCAGAACACGAUUUCGCUGAAAUUAUUGUAUACAAUAUUUGGUUUCAUACUUGCUUGAAGAACAAACAAAAAAAACACUCUGCCCCCUGCACUUCAUUUUUCAAAAGCCAUUGCCAGAGAACCAUUCUUUUAUUUUUUUAAGCCUAAUGGUGAUAUAUGUUGUGUAUUUUACACCUAUCUGGAGCUCUGAACAUGUCUAAAUAUGAAACUGCCGAAUUUUAUGAAAUGUUGACUUCCCGGGGGCUUACAUUUUCACAUUGCUACCAAAACUUUCAAGUCAUUACCAAGUUUAUAUUUGAUAACUGGUUUACUGAAUUCUGACAUAUCAGUUUGGUUUCAAACUUGGUCAACAAUGAACUGUAAGCAACAGGUCUUUAUGUAGAAAAAGGUCAGAAGUUUGUAUUUUAAUUGCAGGAUUUUCUUAACAUCAGCUCACAUGAGCAGAAGAAACUCUUGAAACCCUUUUUAAUCUGUUUUUUCUGUUCUGGAAUUAUCUGGUACACGAUCUUUCUCCAUUUAAAAAAUAAUGUUGAAACAUGUACACCAUAAUUUCAAAGGGUGAGUUACAAAAAGGCUUUUAUUGUUUUUAAGACACAUUCUGAUAUUGCUUCCGUAAGUAUUAUGUCAAAGAUGGAUGGAUUAUUAUCAGUAUGUCGAAGCUACACAAGACCCUGGAGCAACAGUAUUCCUGUUGGGGAACAAUGUUUAUCUACAGCAUCCGUCCAUUGCAAGAUUGUUAGAUGAUCUAUUUUGUAAUAUAUUAAAACAAGCAUGUCCACAUAUGCUUGAAUUAUUUAUAUAAAAUAUUGAUAAACUA